AUGAAGACGACUUUUGCAGGAGCCGCCACGAUUGGCACAUUCUUCUUGUCGACACUGACAGCAGCUCAAUCUAAGGGCUUCAACUAUGGGUCUACGGAUGGGGUUGGUGCCUGUCGUGACGAGGCCGCCUUCGAAGGGCUAUUCAAUUCUGCCAAAACUUUGUGUGGCACACAAAACACCCCGAUCUCUGCAAUUCAAGCGGCCAUCGACACAGACACACAACUCCUACUCGGCCUAUGGGCGUCAGCCGGGGACGCUGUAUUCAACGACGAAAUCACAGCACUUCGCAAUGCCAUCAACCAGUACGGUGCCGCCUUUACAGACCGAGUAGUAGGCAUCAGUGUUGGUAGCGAGGAUCUUUACAGAAGCAGCCCAGCUGGCGUGGCAAACGAAGCUGGCGUUGGCGUGAGCGCCGAUGUCGUCAUUCGCUACAUCCAACAAGUUCGCGAUACAAUUGCAGGUACCAGUCUUGCUGGUGCUCCAGUCGGUCACGUAGACACCUGGACCGCCUGGGUAUUGGGCGAGAACGCCGGUGUGAUCGGUGCCGUCGACUGGCUCGGCCACAAUUCAUUCCCGUACUUCGAGAGCACGCUAGCAAACCCAAUUGACCAAGCUGAAGGAGUCUUCUACAACGCCCUUGGCGCCACUGAGGGUGUCUCACAGGGCAAACCUGUCUGGGUUACAGAGACUGGAUGGCCUGUAUCUGGUCCAACCUCGAACCUAGCAGUCGCAUCCGUCGAAAACGCUCAGUCGUACUGGAAGCAAGUUGGAUGUGAUCUGUUCGGAUCAAGAAAUGUUUGGUGGUAUACGUUGCAGGACAGCAACGCCAACCAGCAGGAGAUUUCAUUCGGUAUCGUUGGAGAUGGUGUUCCGGCAUCUAAUGUACCACUUUUUGAUGUGACUUGUUAG